CCUCUGCUUCAUUUCCCUUCGCAGGCCGCUUCAGUUUCUUUUGCAAGCCCUAGCACAAGGAGGGAAAGACACACAGAGACCUACCCGUUUUAAACGUUUUCAUCAACAUGAUGGAUGUGUCUCAGAGCGAUUUCGAUCGCCUCAUGUUCUUCGAGCAUGCUCGGAAGACCGCCGAGGUCAACUAUGCCAGGGACCCGCUCGACGCAGAUAACCUAACGAGAUGGGGUGGAGCGCUUCUUGAGUUGUCACAGUUCCAGAAUCUCCCAGACACGAAGAAGAUGAUAAAAGAUGCCAUUUCGAAGCUGGAGGAGGCAUUGCUAGUUAAUCCAAGAAAGCAUGACACGCUCUGGUGCUUAGGAAAUGCACACACUUCUCAUGCCUUUCUAACUCCUGAGCACGAGGAAGCCAAGGCUUACUUUGAAAAAGCGUCUCAAUAUUUCCAGCAAGCAGUAGAUGAAGAUCCUGGAAAUGAGAUCUAUCUCAAGUCUUUAGAGCUGACCGCUAAGGCUCCUGAAUUGCAUGUGGAGAUCCAUAAGCAUGGUCUUAGUCAACAGACAAUGGGGGGAGGAUCUUCAACUUCUUCGAGUGCAAAUAGUUCGAAGAAAAAGAAAAGCAGUGACCUCAAGUAUGAUAUAUUCGGAUGGAUAAUACUUGCAGUCGGCAUCGUCGCUUGGGUAGGUAUGGCAAAAUCUCAUGUUCCUCCACCACCUCCAAGAUAAGGGGAGAAUUUUCAGGCCUCUCUGGAUGCCGGUUUAGAGGUGUUUCAAAUGAUUACAGAGUGGUUUGAUUUCAAUCACUGGUUUUCCAAGCGAAGCUGUGUAGAAAAUUGAGUAACAUGAGAAUUUUUUCCUGUAAUUUUUAGUUAAGCAAUUGGCACACCUAGUAUCUUUAUAAGAAUUCGGUUUUGUUAUAUUUCCUCGUCUUUUGGUUGGAAGGGUCUAGUAUGUAAUAAGUUCUGGUUAUGGUACGUACAAGAUGGAGCCUUGGGAUUGUUGGAACUUUGGAAAAUCUAUUCAUUCAGAUGUUAUCUCUGAGAUUCACA